AUGCUGAAGCCGGGCGACCCGAGCGGCUCGGCCUUCCUGAAGGUGGACCCGUCCUACCUGCAGCACUGGCAGCAGCUCUUCCCUCAGGCGCAGCUGAAGGCGCCUCAGCCCGACCGCCUCUCCAUCCCCAUGGACGGCCUGCGCCCGUCCCGCCUGCACAGCCACCUCCUGGCCUCCACGCACUGCACCUCCUCCUCUUCUUCUACGUCCUCCUCAGUAGCUUCUUCUUCACUGGCAGUAGCCUCAGCAGCAGCAGCUCUCACCCCGUCCUCCUCCCUCUCCAUCUCCACCUCCCAAGGGCUCUCCCAGCUGCCCGUGCCCCAGCAGAUCGCUCUCUUUGGGCAGGCGCUGGCCCCGGUGUGCGCAGGGCCCGGAGGCCCUGGAGGAGGAGGACCAGGAGGCCCCGGAGGAGGAGGAGACAUGCUGGUGGUUGUCCCCCCGGAGAACCAGCAGGGUCACAACCCAGCGAUGGGGUUCCUCCAUCAGGCCAAAGAGCAGAGCUGUGGGGGGGUGGGGGUGGUGUCGUCCAGUGUGAAGAGCAGCAGCGGAGGAGGCGAGGAGGGAGGGAAGGGAGCGACGAGCAGGUUCAAGCUGACGUCGGAGGAGCUGGACUACUACCUGUACGGACAGCAGAGGAUGGAGAUCAUCCCACUGAGCAACCACACAGGAGAGGCCAACAACCGCUGCGACAUGUGUGCAGACAACAGGAACGGCGAGUGUCCGAUGCACGGGCCGCUUCACUCCCUGCGCCGCCUCGUCGGCACCAGCAGCUCGGCGGCCCCCGUCACCCUGCCGGACGUCCCUGAUUGGCUCAGAGAUCUGCCCAGAGAGGUGUGUCUGUGCACGAGCACGGUUCCAGGUCUGGGCUACGGGAUCUGUGCAGCUCAGAGGAUUCCUCAGGGAACCUGGAUCGGUCCGUUUCAGGGGAUCCCGCUGCUGCUGGACAAACUGCAUGGAUCCAUGAGGAACACGCGGCACCUGUGGGAGAUCUACGACACAGAGGGAACGUUGCAGCACUUCAUCGAUGGAAACGAUCCCAGUAAGUCCAGCUGGAUGAGGUACAUCCGCUGUGCCCGACACUGUGGGGAGCAGAACAUGAUGGUCGUCCAGUACAGGUCGUGUAUCUUCUACAGAGCCUGUAUGGACAUCCCCCGAGGAACUGAGCUGCUGGUUUGGUACAACGACUCCUACACGUCCUUCUUCGGCAUCCCACUGCAGUGCACCGCCCAGGACGAAAACUUAAACGUCCCAGCGACGGUGGUGGAGGCCAUGACCAGGCAGGAGUCCCUCCAGUCCUUCAGCAAGAACGGCAAACCCUCCUCUUCCUCCUCCUCCCCCUCGGCCUCCCUCAUGCGUUCCAUGGUCUUCCCCCACUCCCCCUGCCCGAGGACCUUCUCCCUGUUGGACAAGGUCGGGAUCGGUCUCCAGUCGGACUCCAGUUUCAGCCAGUUGGCGUCAAAGAACCAGCGAGUCCUGGCCAGUCCGACGUCCACCAGCCAGCUGAGCAGCGAGUUCAGCGACUGGCACCUGUGGAAGUGUGGCCAGUGCUUCAAGACCUUCACCCAGAGGAUCCUGCUGCAGAUGCACGUCUGUCCACAGAAUCCCGACAGGCCGUACCAGUGUGGACACUGCUCUCAGUCCUUCUCUCAGCCGUCCGAGUUGAGGAACCACGUUGUGACUCACUCCAGCGACCGGCCCUUUAAGUGUGGAUACUGCGGCCGAGCGUUCGCCGGCGCCACGACGCUCAACAACCACAUCCGCACGCACACGGGAGAGAAGCCGUUCAAGUAA